UAAAUGUCAAUUUCUAUUGUUGUUUUAAUUUUUAACCGACGAUAAGAUAUAAAUUAGUUUCAUUUUAAGAAAACAAUACUAUUAUUAUACUCAAAGUGAUGGCUCUAUUAUUACGAAUGCAUGAGUCACUAUCCCUACUACACCAUAACUGAAAAUAACAUGUAGAGGCUACUUUAUUCAAUCAAGACUUUGCCACCAAGCCUACGCUAUGCAUUGGUUUAUUUUAGCGAAUUAAAUUAAUGAAAUCAAUGAGUAAGGAUGACAACAUAAUUCAUUUACCAAGAAUUAACGGAAUAAGUUAAGAAUUAAGACACUUGAAUACAGCUUCAAUUCACUGUGCACCAGGACUGAAAAUAUUGAAUUUUUAAUUUAGCCUAAGUUAUCUUUUAAAAUGAAGGAAGUGAACAAGUCGAUUAAUUCUAUUGAGACUCGAAAAAUUAGAAAAAUACUAAAUGAAGAGGCAAAACUGGGAAUCAGUCCAAAUAGUGACUCGGAGACUGAACAAGUUGAUCUAUCCAAGGAACUUUAUCCCUUGGGAUAUUAUAUUAACAACAGAGAAGAAAUGAUUGAACAGAUGUUUUCUAUUAUAAAAGGAGCAAAACUGAAGAAAAUGCUGCCACCCAUACUACGGGACUUGCCCUUUGAUGAGCUUAAAGCUGACUGUUUGAUCCACCUUCUUGGAAUGUCUAAGAAGAGAAUCAAAGCUAUAUUAGAGGGGAAGGAAAUUAAUUCUUCUUCUGACUCUGAAACUCACUCUGAUGAUUCAACACCAAGCAAAAAACCCAAGAUGGAACUCCAACCAUUUGUAAUAAAACAGGAGGGGUGCUCCGAUAUUUCUGACAAUUCUGAAGAGGUAGUUCUAGUUGAUCCUGAUCUUGAUUUCUUAAAAGUAUCCAGCAGUGACGGUGCUAAGAUUACAGAAGGUAAGAAAAAGUCCAAGAGAAAACUAAAAAGAAAAGAGUUGGACAAAAAGCUCAAAAGAACAAAAGUUAAACUACAUGUAAAAACAUCUGAUACAGAAGUUUUCCGUAUCGAUAGUUCUGCAGAAAGUGCUUCAGAAAAGGAAGAAGAAACUGAGGCUCCCAAAGAAGGAAAAACUUUAUUGGAAAUUUUAGAACUAGAAAUGAGAGCUAGGGCAAUUCGUGCUUUACUGAAGAACAAUGAACCUCCAGAAAAUGAAGGACCUUUAACAGCUUUGGAAGAAAAUAAACAGAAUCCAGGAGGGUCAAAAGAGCAGUCGAAAAAACAUUUGGACGAAGAUACAAAUGAAAAAGUAACUCCAGCCAAAAACUUUAGGAAAAAGAAACGGAAAAAUGAUGAUGUUAUCGUUAUAACUCCCAAGGUAGUGACAAUUGAUCUAACUGAUGAAAAUGAACAUUCAGGCUUCAAAAAAACUGUAGAUAAUGGAGAACCUUCUAGCUCACAAAAUAUUGUCUCAAAAGAUCAAUCGCCAGAGGUCUCAGUCAACAAUUUGUCAGAAACAAACAAAGAAGUUGUUAAAAGUUCAGUGUCAGAAUGUAUCCCAGUUGAUGAACUACUUUCAAAGGCUGAAAGUGAAAUUAGUUCUGAAAGAGUAGUUUCAUCCUCUGUUGUAAAACAAACAAUAAACGAGACCGAAAAAACUCCUGACAUAGAUGACAAAAAUAGUUGGGCCCAAAGGUGGUUGGAAAGCAAAGAAGUAAAAAAAGUUGUCUCAACCAGCAAAAUUUGUGGUAACAUCAGGAAAAAAAUAAAACGUGCAAAACUGGCCCAGAAACAAAAACUAGUUGAAGACAAACCAGAAAUACCGUCACCGGUUCCUCAAAGAGAAAUUGAAGGGAGUGUGGUUGAGUAUAAGUUGCUCUCAAAACCAAAAGAAAUAUCAAGUGACAUUGAUAGUGCAAUUGACGACGUUACUCAAACAAGCGUACUAUCAGAAAACCAAGGACCUACAUCUUCUGUGGCUGAAUUAAACCCAACGUUCACAGCAGACCAAGUUGAAGAUGUUACCUCUACCAGAGUUGAAAAUCAUUCAAAUGAUACUCAAGAACCUGCAUCAGGAGUUUGUAUAGAUGAAGUAAACAAUCUUAUUACAAAUAAAGAAGCUUGUGUCAUUGAAGUAACCAAGACUGAUUGCCAAAAGAAAGAAAUUGAUGUACCUCUUACAGCUGACGAAAACCAAAGUCGUAUUGAAUGUGUGAACAAGAAUAUUAAUGGGUAUCAAAAAGAUGAAAGCCUUGCUGAUUUAAUAGUUAUUAACGAUUCUUCACCAAGCAAUGAAGAAAAGGAUAAAGUUGGUUGUGAAUCUAUUGAACACAUUUUAAAAUUCUCACAAAAUACUAUGUUGGAUUCAAUAUAUGUAAAUGAUCAAACAAAUGCAGAUGGAUCCAACAAUCUUUGUCACAAUAGAAGUAGUUCAGAAUAUUGUGAAUCUCAAUCAUUACACACCAAAGAAGCUAUAAAUGAACUGGCAUCAAAUAAUCAUAUCUUAAGCAAUGAGUUAGAUUCUAACAAGAAUGCUACAGAGCCGGUUGAGCACAAUUCAAGUUUAAUAACUACAACCAAGAAUGUUGAAAAUAUUCAAAAAGAAAUCACUAUUUCAGAAGUUUCUGAGACAUUGAACAAAAUAGUAUCUGGUUGUAGUGUAAAUCCUUCCCAUGAGCAAAGCGAACUAGAAACAUUAGAAAUAAAUAUCACUGAUGAUGAUAGAGAUAUAGAAGAAACUGUUGAGGAAACAAACAAACUUUUGAAAAACUGUAAAGACAUAGUAGUCAUUGAUUAAACUAUUGGUCAACAAUUUUGAUACUGAACCUAAUGCACAUUUGUCUAGGAACUUUGUGACAUAGCAUGGUUGCCGUUGGUAGAUGGCUGAUUCUCGAACAAGUGAAGAUGAAGAUGGCAGAUCUAGCUGUCGUUAGUUGUAGUCCUGUAGACUGGAAGAAAAUCAAUUUCCAUUGCUCACCACUAAUCAAUUUAAAUCUAUGAUAACUACUUAUGAACAUUGCUUUUACUAUUGUACUAAACAAAUUAAGAAAUCAAGGAUCAACUCGGCUGUAGACUGUUAAUGGCAAGGUGGAUGGCGAGCGAUGCUAGACGAAGAAGAGGGAAAUCGUCCUUCUAGGUUCGUGGUUCGUCUCUAUCCCGACAACCAGUGUAUGAAACCUCCACCAAUACUGAGCCAGAUACAAGUCACGUGACGCGAUUCUCGUAUCUGAUUGGAGUCUGACACCCGCUGUAAUAGAAUAGUCUAGUUUUUCUUUCUUUCUCACAUCACAAUGUUUAAAUGAUUUGAUUUAAUUUAGUUAAUGAAACAGCUGGUCAGUACAAUGAA